CUUUGUGUCUCUCCUGCAAGGGCUGCCUCGCUGUCCCUCCUGGGAUCUGGUGAGUCUCCUCUCUCUCUGGGAUCUGGUGGGGGUCCCAGGGCUGCAGCAGGGGAGGGGGCCUGGGGGGCCUGAUCUGCUCCUGCAGGGGGGGACCCCAAGUAAGGGAGGAGAGGGUCCUGCCAGGGAAGGGCCAGGUCUGCCACGCUCUCCUUCCUGCAGAUCAGAGGAUCCCAAACUCAUUUGGCCCUCCGCCCCCCCUUCAGAAAAACCGACUCCCCCGAAAUCUCCUUCUUUAAACAAAGGAGUCCCUGGGACUUUAACUCGGUGUGACGUCGCUAAGCGUCACUGCACAAGAGAGGUAACAUCUGCAAAUGGUUUUCCAAAGCUGGACGAGGAGGUGGACUAGACCCCCCCAACGAAAAUCACGGGGAGAAAAGAAGGGAGGUCUGGCUGCUGCAUUGCAAACAAGUUUCCCAGUCGUCUCCCAGGGCAGCUCCCCACAGAGGCCACUGCAGCAAUCCCCUCGCACCCAGAGCAGGGCAUCCCAGGACCACAUCCUCUCUCUCCCAAAGGGAUUGUUGCUGGAAAUGGGUGCUGCUACUCACUGAGCCUCCAGGGACCUUGGCGUCAAUGGCUGUGCGUAUGUUAAGCCAUCUAAGAGAAUAAUAAUAAUAAAUUGGCCACCUAAAUUUCAAGGGAGAUGUCUUUCGCCUCAUCCACUUGGCCCUCAGCGGUUGGCGAGAUACAUACGUGGCCCUCAGAGCAAAGAAAAAGGGACCCCACCCCAGGAGUCUUUCUGGAGAGCAGCAGAGAGUCCAAGUGCAAAAAAGGAGACAGAAGCAGGGGAGUGGGGGUGGGGGGGCAGCAACUCCUGAGGACCCCCAGGUGAGGACCCCCACUAGAGCCAGGCAUCCAUUUUCCACAAGAUACAAAUUAUUCCCUUGUCAGUCAGUCCUGACUUCUUGCAUUUACCUCAGAGAAAUCCCUUCAGUUGCCUCCACGUUUUGCAUCACAAUCUUCCUUCUAGCGGGGCUAGAGUCUGCUUCCUCCUCCUCCUCCUCUUCUCCUUCUCCUUCUUCUUCCUCUUCUCUCCUCCUCCUCCUCCUCCGUCUUCUUCUUCAGAAGAUAUCUCAUGGUUUGGUACAGUCCCACCCUGGUUCCUAGGAAGACUCAUCCGUGCUUGCUCAAGGAACAUUUCUCUUCUUAUGACCUAAAAAUUCUGUAACUAAACAAUGUAUUUGCUUUGUAGGAUUUGCUAGCACCUCAUUAGCACAGGCAGAACUUGGUAGAAGACCAAAGGGUUCCUUCCAAUCUCUUAGAGGCUUCCUGAGAGCACAGAUGGAUGAGCAAGACUCAGCUGGCCCUGGAGCAGGAAGAGGCCAUGCAAGCCAAACUGGGAGCAGUGGGGGAUUCUGGGAAAACCCAGUGCAGAAGAUCCUGGGUGAGGAGGACACCCUCCGCUCAGAGGUGCAGAGCCAGCAGUUGAGGCAGUUCUGCUGCCAGGAGGCCGAAGGACCCCGAGAGGUUUGCAGCCGACUCUACCACUUUUGCCACCAAUGGCUGAAGCCAGAAAGGCACACGAAAGCUGAGAUGCUGGACUUGGUGAUCUUGGAGCAGUUCCUGGCUGUCCUUCCACCGGAGAUGGAGAGCUGGGUGAGGGACUGUGGAGCGGAGAGCAGUUCCCAGGCGGUGGCCCUGGCCGAAGGUUUCCUCCUGAGUCAGGCAGAGGAGAGAAAGCAGGCAGAGAGAAAGCAGGUGAGAGAGACUUUUCUCUGGAUACUCCCAAGGGGCUCCAUAAUGCUCUACUGUUGGCCCAUCCGUUUUCUGGGAAGGCAUCCAUGGAAUGAGAUCUAACACCCUGAAUGUUUUUGUCUUUGUCAUACUUUUUCUUAUAUUUCUCACCAUUCUCUGUUUUGAGUCCUUGUUUCUUUUUCAGGGAAAGGAUCUCUUUGCAGAAAUGGACCUGGAUUCCUGUGAGGCAGAGAGGCCUCCGUUGGACACCAGAGAGAGGCCACUGGGUAAGGAGGAAGGUGGCUUUUCUCUGUUUUGUCUCAUUCUGUUGGUUUUCCAACUAAUCUGUGGGUUCUUUUCAUCUUUUUUGUGGGGAGGGGACUGUUGGGGUCAAGGGUCCAGAGGAGAGGAGGUGUAUUUUUAUACAACUAACAUAUGAAAUGGGCACAAACUGUUGAAUGGUUUCUUUAAAUGUAAAGGUUCAUCAUUGUUCUACCUGAUGUGUAUGUCUUUAAGGGGCCAGAGCAAGAUAACGAGACCCAGCUUUACAGCUGUGAAACAUAGCAGGUGCUGCUGAGUUGUAUUGAUUAAGCUGUGUCAGCAAUUGUGAUUGAUUAAGCAAUUGAUUAAGCUGUGUCAGCGCUACCAUACUGCAAAUAGCCAACAUCUUUGGUUAUGGGCCCAGCUGCUGAGUGGAUGACUGCAUAUUUUUGGACUCUGAGAAAGGUUUGAAAACUCCUUCUCCUGUUGGCGUAGUUCUGUGGGUCUGGAAGAGUUCCAGAAUGGUUGACCGGGUUCCAGAAGCUGAGAAGGCUCUGGUCUUCCCACAGCUGACAGAUGAGAACUAUAGUUUAUGGUCUUUUCGGGUGGAGGCGCUUUUGACCUCUAGAGAAGUAUGGACCUAUGUAACUGAUGACCCUCCUAACCCUGUAACUAAUGCUUGGUCAAAAGGAGAUGCAAAAGCCAGGGCGAUAAUUAAUUUGGCAGUCAGCGACCAGCAAGUAGUUUAUAUAAGGAAUAAGAAAACUGCCAAAGAAAUGUGGGACAGCCUUGCAGCAGUGCACAUUAGAAAAGAGUCGGCGUCUGCAUUGACGUUUUUCAAGCAGUUGUACCAGACGAAGUUGGUGGUGAUUUGGCAGCACACUUGAGACGUCUGGAGGCAAUACACUGCGAAUUAAUUCGAAGGGACAUGGAGAUACCUGAUAUUCAGUAUGUUUUUAUCAUUCUUUGUUCCCUUAACGAGGACUUUGAUGGUAUAGCUAGCCAAAUAUCUGCCGUUCCACCAGCACAAUUAACUGUGGAAGGGGUAACGGCAAGAUUAAUGGGCGAGUUGGAUAGAAGGGAGGCUUGUGUCAUAAGCACUCCUAUUUCCAGAAAUAAUGAGGAACACCAUAUGCAAACUUGUGGUGAUACAACUGCAUUUAAAGCUGCAAAGCGCUGUUGGUUCUGCAAUAAGCAAGGACAUUUUGCAAAGGACUGCAGAUCCAAAAGAAAGCAAAGUACUCCCAAGCCUGUUUCUGUUCGUCAGUCACGGUCGUCAGCUCAGCAGCCGACAUCGUACCGUAAAGACAGAAACGAGCCGCGAGCUUUUCACACUAGCACAAGAGAUCGUAAAAGAAUUAAAGGUGCCAAGUGGAAUUCUUUUAUUGUGGACUCAGGAGCAUCUCAGAACAUUUGCAAUGAUCAAAGUUUAUUUAUUUCUUUCGAAGAGGAAAUUGGUAAUGUACAUUUAGCCAAUUCACAAGUCUUGCAGUCGCUUGGCAGGGGUACUGUUAAACUUGACUCUUUAAACAUUACAAUAGCGAACUGCAUUUACUGCCCGUCAGUGGACAAUUUAUUGUCAGUAAGAUGUUUUGCUCGUCAAGGAAUAACUGUGCGUUUCUUAAAGUCAAUGUGUGAGUUUUUCGAUGGGAACAAACGUCUAUUAUAUGCCCGGGACUCUGAUGGAUUAUAUAGACUGUAUUUUCGCACCUACUCCCAAUCACCUAUAAAUUGCAGAGCAGCACAGUCAAGCCAGGGGUUGAGGAAUGUAAGGCCACAUUCUGGGUGUGUCCAUGAGGUGCACAGACUUUUAGGACACCUGAAUUUUGCUGAUGUAAUUAAGACAAAGAAUAUUGUUAAUGGCCUCAACUUAAAACCAUGUAAAUUCUUUAUGCAAUGUCUAUCUUGUUGCAAGAAUAAGAUUAAGGUUGCACGCAAGGGUAGGUGCUCAGAUAGGAAAGUAACUGAGCCAUUUGAGCGUGUACAUUGUGAUUUAGUUGGGCCACUCCCACCAUCAUUAGGAGGUUCUAAGUACUGGCUUACCCUGAUAGACCAGUAUAGUAGAUAUUGUUGGACUUAUGCAAUAGCUGAGAAACCCAAGCAUUUGAGAAGUACAAAGCUUUUUGCAACUGGGUAAAAACAUACUUUAACAAACCAAUUAAGAACCUGUUUUCUGACCGGGGUGGGGAAUUUGUUUCUGAGGAUUUUGAGAAAUUCCUGGAAGCGCAGGGAACUACUCAUGAGUUAUCUUGCCCCCGAAGUCCCUGGCAAAAUGGGCUUGUUGAAGUUGUGCAGUGUGACCUGCAGGCAGGGGUUAAAACUUACCUGCACGAUGCUAAUCUGCCCAAAGAUUUUUGGGCUGAAGCGCUCCAUGCCUUUUGUUAUGUUAGAAAUCGCAGUUAUCAUUCUGGUUUAGAUGUCACCCCCUAUGAGAAGUUGUUUAAAAAACGCCCUAAUCUGAAAUACCUACGCAUUUGGGGUUCAGAUGUAAUUAUGCAUUAUCCCGCUAAGCAGAAAUUGGGUGAGCGUAGUGUUCAGGGAAAAUUAAUGUGCUACCAGCAGGGGGCAUACAGAAUUUACAUACCAGCAACUGGCAAAUUUAAUAUUACCAGAAGCAUGAUACAAACUGUAAAUUGGAAUGGUGUUGCUGUUUUCCAAGAUACUAACGGUAUAAAUGAUACUGAGGAAGAAGAGGAAGCAGCAGCAGCAGCAGCAGCAGGAAAUGGUGCUUCUGAAUUAAUGGAAAAAGACGAAAAGCCUGUUGAAUCUGAUAAUUUGUUUGAUGAUUUAAAGUCACAGGCACCCGAGGGGAAGUUAGAUUCUCUUGAGCUUUCUGACCGUGAGCUUAGCCUACAGGCAUCUCUUCAGUCUGACAAUGAUGAUUCAUAACCAGAAACUAGUAGUUCACUUAGUCCUAUUAAGUCUGAGGAGUCUGACUCUCCUUCCAGACUGAGACGUUCAGAUAGAAAGAGGCAGAAGCCACAACGUUUUGCAGAUGAACAUUUUAAUACUGUAUAUGCCAAUAAGGUGGUUUCUGAGCCCAAAAGCUACAAUGAUGUUCAGAAUUUACCUGAGCAUCAAGCUGCAAAUUGGUAUAAAGCUAUGAACUCUGAAAUAGCUUCUUUAAAAGAGCAUAACACUUGGUCUCUUGUACCACAAACCCCAGAUAUGAGACUUAUUGAUUCAAAAUGGGUUUAUAGAGUUAAAAUGAAUGACAAAAAUGAAGUUGUAAGGUACAAGGCUAGAUUAGUUGCUAGGGGUUUUCAACAAAUUCCAGGCUAAGAUUAUGAUUUGUGUUAUUCACCAAGUGUAAAAUAUGAAACAGUUAAACUUUUGUUAAAAGAUGGAUCACAACGUGGACAUUCUGUUUAUCACCUAGAUAUAAAAACUGCAUAUUUGUUUGCAGAUUUAAAAGAACAAAUUUUUAUGCGUGUUCCUGAAGGCAUAGACGUCGCUGAAGGUUUGGUAUGCAAAUUAAAUAAAUCCCUUUAUGGUCUGCACCAAAGUGGAAGGAAUUGGCACCAAACUUUAGCAAAAGAAUUGCUGGAUAUUGGUUUUUCACAAGGAAAGGCAGACAAUUGUGUGUUUAUAAAGGAAAGGGCAAACUCUGUAACAAAAAUGUGUGUCUAUGUAGACGACGUGUUAAUUUCUACAAAAACUAAACAGGAAUAUGAAGAGGUAGUUUCACAGUUACAGAAGAAAAUUGAUGUGGUGGAAUUAGGCAUAGCUAAAAAUUACUUAUCCAUGCAAAUUGAAAAAGGCAAAAAUGAAUCUUUUCUGGUUGAUCAAACUGCAAAAAUUGAUGAUCUUGUUGAAAUGCUAUGUUUAGAAAAUGCAAAUGAGAAGGAAACACCUAUGGUGUGUGGUUUCACCUUUACAGGUGAAGAUAAGCCAUUUCCUAAUAAAACUUUGAAUCGUUCUGCUAUAGGCAAGCUAAAUUUCAUUCAGAGAAUCUCAAGACCAGAUAUAACUUAUGCUUUUCACUUUCUGGCAAAAUUUGUGGAAAAGCCCACUACGCAAUGUUUCUCUGCUCUUAAGAGAGUGGUAAUGUACCUUAAACAUACCAAACAUUAUAGGUUGCAGUUUACAUCAAGUAUUGACAAAGGUUUUGAAAUUUUCUGUGAUGCAUCUCAUGCAGUGGAACAAAAUAAUUGCAGGGGUGUGUCUGGUAUGGUGUUUUGUUAUAACGGUUGUCCAUUUGAAUGGAAGUCCCAGACACAAACCAUUAUUUGUCUCUCCACAACAGAGAGUGAAUUAUGUGCAUGUGUUCAGGCCACUCGUGAUGUAGAAUGGUAUCUGCAAGUAUUUGCAGACCUACAGAUGCAAGUAACACUACCAGUAAAAGUUUACCUUGAUUCCCAGAGCGGACUCGCUAUCCUGUGUUCAGAGACCAAUACGCAGCGCACUAGAGUCUUAAGAUUACACUUACAAUUUGUAAAGAAACUAAUUGCUAACGAAAUGAUUGUAUUUCAAUAUGUUCCAGGUGACAAUCAAAUUGCAGACAUUUUUACUAAAGCACUUCCAAAGGUUACACAUGAAAGACGUACAAAAUAUGCUUUAUGUUUUUGUUCCACAAUGAUGAACCACAGGGGAAAUGUUGAAUGGUUUCUUUAAAUGUAAAGGUUCAUCAUUGUUCCACCCGAUGUGUAUGUCUUUAAGGGGCCAGAGCAAAAUAACGAGACCCAGCUUUACAGCUGUGAAACAUAGCAGGUGCUGCUGAGUUAUAUUGAUUAAGCUGUGUUGGCAAUUGGGUGUAGUAUAUAAGGAGCAGCACCUAACUCUCCCAUUACCCUGGGGGAUGGGUUGGUGGUUGGGUCUGGUUUGUUGAUGUAUUUAGUGUAAAUGGAGUUUUUGUUUUUCUUAUUAAAACCUUGUUUAAGUUAUUUUUGAGUCCCUUUUUAAUGCAUGGUCUCCCCAGCAAGCGCUCUGCAGCGCUACCAUACUGCAAAUAGCCAACACAAACGUCCAAAUGCUCUCAGCAAGUAAGGCUUUCUCAAAGGCCUAUCUGUAGAUAGAGAUGCGCUGCUUCACCUGUGAGAGACGUGGGCAUUCCUGGCGUCCUGCUUACCUUUUUUCUCUUGCAGGUGACAGAAUGAUGCCGGCAAGACCUCCUGAUCUGCCUUUUCAUGGGGGCAGAAGGGGAGCAGCGGCUGUGGAACCAAAUCAGGUCAGGGGAAGCUGCCUUGUGGGAACAGAGGCUGAGGGAUGGAGCAAUGUCAUGGACUGGUCGGGCACAGAGGAAUGGUGGGAGGAAGCAGCCGGGGAACCAGGAAGGGAAGAUGUCUCAGAGCCCAAGGAGUGAAGGUAGAGGAAGGAUGGGCGGUCAGAGGGAGAAGAGGGAGAAGCUUGGGAAGAGGAGGUGUCAGAAGCUGAAGGGCUAACAGGACUUAGUGAGCUGGGAGACUGUGGCAGAAUGCAGUGAAGAAUCAGAGGCAGAAGAGGAAGGAGGCGAGUGGGAGGAGGGAGGUUGAGAGGCUGAGGUGAGUCAGGAGAAGGAGGAGCCACCACCGGGGGCUCCCUCUCCUUCUGCCAGAAGCCACUCUCCCUGCUCGUCUCUCAGAACCAGGAAAUGUCUGACAAUGGAGGAGCAAAGGCAGGCUGCCCACAGGUGCACUGUUUGGUUGUCUGCUAGAAACCCCAGAGAGAAGGGGACUUAGAAAGUUGUGGGGAGCCAAGGGCCUUCACUGUCUUCAAACUUUGCACUAUAUAAUCUCACUUUUCAUAUAGCUCCACACUAAAGAAACACCUAGACAACUAGUCCAUUAAUCGAUUGACAGUGCAAACUGACAGACCCUCCGGGAAUGAGCUGCUCUUCUCAUUAGGCCUGAAGCUCAGCCAAGUCUGUGAAUAUCGUGUUCUUGCUGAUAAAGAGUAAACUCCAGCUGUGAUGUGUCGGAUUUCCUGCCCAGAUAACUCUGUGACACCAGCCUUCUGAAUGUCGCCAGCAGGAUUCAUCUGUAGUUGCAGUUUUCAUGGAAUCCUAGAGUUGAAAGGGACCCCAAGGUUCAUCAAGUCCCACCCCCUGCACUGCAGGAGUCUCAGCUAGAUCAUCCAAGACAGAUGGCCAUCCAAACUAGGCUUAUUGUAUUUCUGUAUUCAUCAUUGAAUGCUAAAAUAGGCUUCUAAGCAGCAGACAGACGAUAACAAAUAAUUUCCAGGAUUCACCUAGCCAGCCCCAUCCGCUGCAAAAUAGGGCCUGCCCCCCAUUCCUCCCCCUCUCCAUGCCCCCAUGAACCCCUGAAUUUGGCUCUAGGGCAUUGGGAGGGAACCUCCCCAGAACAACUCAUGAGGAGAGGAGAAAGUGGAUCCUUCCAUCGGGGAAACUGGAAUGCUUGCAUAGGCAGAAUAACAUAAACAUAAGCUGGAGUACCACCUAUUUGCACAAAGAUGAAUACCCAUAAUUAAAAGCUGACUAUAAUAAUUCAAUUAAAACGUCAAAAUAGACAUCCAUAAUAAAAAUGUGCAGCAAAGCAAUCCUAUUGAAACAAUGCAGUGAUUAAGGAAAGAACAGAGCAUUGUGUAGCAGAUUAUAUUUCUGCUGUCUCAGACGAGGACAUUUCCCUUUUUCUUUUAGGGUCCAGUGUGCUUUGAAGAUGUCACUGUUUGUUUCACGGACGAGGAGUGGGCGUUGCUGGAUCCUGACCAGAGAGCUCUGCAUAAGGACGUCAUGGAGGAGAAUCGUGGGAUCGUGGCCUCUCUUGGUAAGGCUCCCUGUGGGAUCGUCCUAUCUGCCUGGAAAUUAAAAAACCCUCUAUGUGAUUUCCACAGAGCUCAACAGCGCCCCCUACAACACCUGGAAACCUUACACCCCCACAAUAAACCUUGAACAGUAAAUUACUUAGUUUUCUGUGAGUCUUCCUCCAGUUCUGCCUCCCUCUACCACAAUUGGGCUGAUUUGAACUGCCCAGGCAUCUUAAAUGUCAGCUUCAGAGUUGUUAGGAAAGAUAAGUAGCUUCUGUCAGGUUUUCUGUUUUUGUUUUUGCUGCUGUCAGUCUUGGGUUGACCAAAGAGACAACUGACAUUGGAGAAUCUCAGGUAUUAGUAGCAGUGAUACUAGUAAUAGUAAUAAUAAUAAUAAUAAUAAUAAUAAUAUUAAUAUUUAUUUAUACCCUGCCCAUCUGGCUGGGUUUCCCCAGCCACUCUGGGUGGCUUCCAAUACAUAUAAAAACAUGACAUAACAAAAUGUGAUCCAAAAAGGAAUAAAAGAAAAGAAACAGAAAUAUUGGUGGAGCUAAGCUAAAAGGAAAAAGAGGUAUUAAAAAACCCAGGCAACAAAAUAAUCAAACAAAAUAUCAAACUGCUACAAACCAAAUUUGCUACGCUAAUAAAUCAAGAAGUGGAAUGGAAUAUUAAAAUAUUAAAACAUAGAAAUUUCGAGUUUGCCAACAGACCAGGAAAACUACUGGCUUGGCAACUCAAGAAAAGGCAGAGUGAUAGGAUUAUAAACAAACUGAAACUGGGAAACAAAAUAAUAGAUGAAUCAAAUGAAAUAUGUAAAAUUUUGUAAGUUAAUACAGAGAAUUAUACCAAAAAGCAACGGAAAACUGGGGGGGGGGGGGGAUGAAUAAUUUUUAAAACAUAAUAACCUGCCAGUAAUUCUGAGUGGGGAAAAAUCAAACACCAAUUACAGCCAUAGAAAUCCAACAAUACAAAUGCGAAAUCAGGGAAGUUGCCCAGUCCAGAUGGAUUGUCAGCCUGCUAUUAUAAGUAGCUGGAAGAAGUCCUAUCACAACCUUUAAAACAUGUAAUAUACCAGCCAAAGGGAAAACACCAGAGACAUGGAAGGAAGCAUUUAUAACACUAAUUCCCAAAUGGGACAGAUCUAACACUUAUUUCAAACUACCUACCAAUUUCAUUAAUCAAUGAUUACAAACUUUUCACAUCCAUCUUAGUGGAAAGAUUAAAAAAGACCCUGAGAGAAAUAAUCCAUGAAGACCAUGUGGGCUUUCUCCCUGGAUGAUAAUUAAACAGCAAUAUAAGAAAUAUUAUCACUAUAUUGGAACACCUAGAAACCAGAAAUGACAAACCAGCAGUUCUCAUGUUAGUAGAUGCAGAAAAGGCAUUUGAUAAUAUCUUGUGGAGCUUUAUGAAAACACAAAUUAACUUAAUGGGAUUUGGAGAUACUUUCUGCAGAGGAAUAGAGGCAAUCAAUUCGAAUCAGAGAGCAAAACUUAUAAACAGCAACAUCACGGAUAGCUGUAACAUAAUGAAGGGGACAAGGGAAGGGUGCCUUCUUUCCCCACUGCUGUUUAUCUUAGUAUUGGAAAUCUUGAACAGGAAAAUAAGAGAUGAGAGGAUAAAAGGUAUAGUAGUACAGGGAAAAUAUUACAAAUUAAAAGCCUUUGCGGAUGACCUAAUAAUAACAGAGAACAUAAAAUAAAGCCUAAUAAGAACAUUACAACUGAUAAAAGAAUCUGGAUAGGUGGCAGGAUUCAGUUCUUCCUCUACCACAAAUUUAAUUAGCAUUAUUUCAUAAUUGCGGGCUCCAUUUCUUCCCGAGGCUCUAAUCCCUAUUCGUCUCCAUUUCAGAUUCUGAAGAAUUGGAAAUCAAGGAUGACCAUGACAAAAUCUGCAGAGUGGAGAAGUCACGUAAAAAUGUGGUGUGUGGAAAGAGCUGCAGUCAGAGCUCCCAUUCCACUUGCCAGCAAAGAAUUCUCAUUGGUAAGAAACCCUAUCAGUGCGUGGAAUGUGGAAAGAGCUUCACAGAUAGCUACCACCUGACUUCCCAUCAAAGAAUUCACACAGGGGAGAAACCCUAUCAGUGCGUGGAAUGUGGAAAGUGCUUCAGGGACAGCUCCAAACUCACUUCCCAUCAGAGAAUUCAUACAGGGGAGAAACCAUAUCAGUGCAAGGAAUGUGGAAAGAGCUUCAGUCGCAGAUACUCUCUCACUUCUCAUCAAAGAAUUCAUACAGGGGAGAAACCAUAUCAGUGUGUGGAAUGUGGGAAAAGCUUCAGUAGGAGCUCCCAUCUCACUUCCCAUCACAGAAUUCAUUCAGGAGAGAAACCUUAUCAAUGCAUGGAAUGUGGAAAGAGCUUCAGUAUGAGCUCUUCUCUCAGUUCCCAUCAAAGAAUUCAUACAGGGGAGAAACCCUAUCAGUGCAUGGAGUGCGGAAAAAGCUUCAGUACAAUCUCCUAUCUCAAUACCCAUCAACGAAUUCAUACAGGGGAGAAACCCUAUCAGUGCGUGGAAUGUGGAAAGAGCUUCCGUCGGAGUACCGAUCUCAGUUUCCAUCAAAGAAUUCAUACAGGGGAGAAAGCAUAUAAUUGCUUUGAAUGUGGAAAGAGCUUCAGUAAAAGCUCUCAUCUCAAUACCCAUCAAAGAAUUCACAGAGGGGAGAAACCAUAUCAGUGUGUGGAAUGUGGAAAGAACUUUAGUCAGAGUGCCCAUCUCACUUCUCAUAAAAGAAUUCAUACAGGGGAGAAACCCUAUCAAUGCAUGGAAUGUGGAAAGAGCUUCAGUAAGAGCUCCCAUCUCAAUACCCAUCAACGAAUUCAUACAGGGGAGAAACCAUAUCAAUGCAUGGAAUGUGGGAAAAGCUUCUGUCAGAAGGCAAAGCUCACUUUUCAUACAAAUACUCACAGAAUUGUGAAUCACAGAAUCACAGAAUCAUAGAAUUGUGGAGUUGGAAGUGAUCCUUAGUGUCAUCUUAUCCACCCCAUGCAAAGCAGGAAUCGCAACUAAAGCAUCCAUGACAGAUGGCCAUCCAACUUCAUAAAACCUCAAAGGAUGGAGAUUUCAGCACCUUCCAAAGGAUUUCAUUCCACUAACACCUCUUGCUGUCAUAAACUUCUUCCUGAUGUGUAGUAUGAAUCACAGUUCUGUUCACUUGAAGCCAUUGGUUCGUGUCCUACCCUUUGGUGCAGGAAAGAACAAGCUUGCUCCAUCUUCUAUUUUUUUUGUUUUUAUUAUUUAUUUUGGGUAUAUAUUAUAUUUAUUUCCUUUUCUGACAAUAUUCCACAUCAACAAAGCUUAAAUGAAAACAAUACAGCAAAGAAGAAUCUUUCCUUUCAAACAUUUUAAUUAAUGAAAAAAAAUCAGAAAUCUCUUUUCCUGGUUCUUUUUAACUCUGAUUUGUUCAUUCUGAUACUCUGGAAUGCCUCUCAAACGUAGUGUUGUGUUGUUUUGUUUUACUCCCAGAAGUGCAAUAUUAUUGAUUAUAUCCUCCUGUGUUUCUCUUACUGUGGCGAGCUCUGUUUUCAUUCUAUCUUGAUCCCUUUUUGUCUCUCAGUUCUCUUCUUUCUUUCUCUGAACUGUCUCCUCCAAAGCUUGGACUGGUUUUUCCAAACCAUUAGUUUUCCUGGAUAGUGUUUUGAUUUCUGUUGUUAAUUUGUCCAUCUUUUUGGUGUUUUUUUGCAAAUCUUUUCCUAAUUCCACCAGGAUCUCUGCUAUAUUGACAUCUCCUUAGGUGGUGCCUCUUUUAGUUUGUCCUGGUGUGGGUGGUUUCUUUUGUGCAGCCAUGUUUUUUCUGUUAGACUGUUUUUCUUUCCAAUUAAAUUAUUAUUUUUUGUUAUUCC